GUCUCAUCCCCAAACACAGCAUCACACACCACCAUUUCCUCCCCCUCGUCUCCUCCCUUUCUCUUGGUCCCCCUGCCAUGGUCUCCUCCCUCCCCCGCCCCCCUUUUCUCUCUCCUCCAACUUUCACCAGACAGCCCGACCCUGAGCUCAGCUGGACAUCACUGACGCCAUAGCCUCCUUUUCCCCCUUUCGCUUUUGCUCCGUCUCUCUCCUCCUCCGUGGCCCAAGAUUCACCGCCCCCCUCGCGAUCCCUCCGAGUUCGCUCUCGCCUGGGGAGGCGGGAGGAGGGGCGAGACAUUGCGGCGUGAGAUGAUCUUCUCCGGUGCCGUGGUCUUACGAGCACAAGAGAGUGGAAGAUAACUGUGGUGAAGUUCAUUAUUGUCAUCAGGGGGUGAUGCUGGUACCUUUUCACUGAAGUGCAUCUACCUUCUGUAACCGAUAUACUGUGGCGGUGAGGAGAUCAUGUCCAUGGAAGCUCAGAAUCUUCGGUUCGUCAGGUGCCCCAAAUGCCUCCAGCUUCUCGUGGAGUACCCGUCCAUUCCGGUUUACCAGUGUGGUGGCUGCGGCACCAUUCUUAGAGCGAAAAAUCGAGGUGCGCAAGUAACUCAGCCUGAUUCGGUAUCCGGUGAACAGAACAAUUUUCCACACAGCUUGGAAGGGUCCCCUCAGACCAGCAAGUCUAUUUGUUCCGAUGAACUGAAAGUUGUCUCUGCUGAUAUGCAGCCUAGUGAAAAUUUGGUUGAGGGAAAUAUUUCCUCUGUCGGCAAGCAUGCCAUCUCCGGUGAGAAUGUUAACGCAGAAAGGACUAUGUCUGUUGGAGAGAGUGCAGCAUCUGGCGAGGUUGACGGUGAGGAGAAUUGUUCCCUGAGUGUUGGCAAUGCCCGAGACCCCGAGUUUAUGAUCGAAGAGGCAGAUGACAAAGGUGCUACAGUUAAUUCUAGUAUGAAACUAAUAGAAAAUGUACAGAGUGUUGAAAUAAGUGAAGAUGCAGAUGGGGAAAAGGGUUGUAUUAUGGAUGAUGCAAACGAUGCUAGUGUUGCCAGCGAAGCUGCAACUGUCCAUAGCAUUGCAGGUGAGGAACUGGGAGAUGAUUCCGGUAACAAUGUGAUAGGAGAAAUAGAGAGCAUGUCUGAGCAAAAAAAUUCUGCUGGCAAUAAAAAUAUGAACUGCCAUGAGGCAGCUGAGACAAACAAACUGUAUGAGGAUGAUGGGGCUAAAUCCAUUAACAUGGUGGCUCGGAGAGAGGAGAGGUUGGAACCAUAUGGGGGUUUAUGUUUUGAAUCUUAUGAAGAUCUGAUUGAGGAAUUGGAGAGGUCUUUAUCAUUAAGUGAUGAUGAGGAAGACUUUUCAGAUGUAGCAGACAAUAAUGGGCUUAAUGAUGCUCUGCAUAAUCAAAUUGGUAGCCAAAGGUUUUUGUCAGGGGGCAAAAUGAAUGAUAGCCCUCGAAGUGAUCCUCAUGGUCGAUUGAUUGAAGAACUGGAGAGGUAUUUCAGUGAUCCAGAAGAACCGUUAGAACAUCAUAUUGCGGUUGCAGACAAAGACAUUCAAGACAAAAUUCAUGUGAAGGAGCAUGAUAAGGAUCCUCAAUUCCUGGUUAGUGUAAGUGCAAAGGCUUUCAGUGAUGGAGAUGAACUGUCAGAACAUCAUAUUGGGGUUGCAGACACAGACACUCGAGGGAAAAUUCAUGUGAAGGAGCAUGAUAAGAAUCCACAAUUCCUGGUUAAUGAAAGUGCAAAUGCAUGUGAAGCUGAUGGCAAAUAUGUACAAUCUGAACAAAAUUUUGAAAAGAAUGAGCUAAUAGCUUAUGGCAAUAAAGAAUUGGAAGAGGGUUGGACUGGAGAUGAUAAUAAGAUCGUCUGUGUUCAUGGGAAUGAGCAUUUCGUGCUUACAAACACAGACAGUCCAGACACAAUUCAUGAGAAUGAGAUUGAUAGGGAUGCGCAAUACCUGGACACUGGAAGUGCAAAGCCAUGUGAAGGAAGCAUCUCUUCCUUUGGUGACGGACAUCUGAAAUCUGGACAAAGCUUCCAACAAAACGAGCUAACAACUGAAGGCCCUAAAGAGAAGGAAGAUGGUUGUAUUGAAGAUGACAAUAAGAUCGACUGCUUUCAUGCGAAUGAGCAUGCCGUGGUUGCAGAUAAGGACGUUGCAGAAAUAAUUCAUGAGAAUGAGCAUGAUAAGGAUCCACAGUACCUGGGGACUGAAACUGCAAAUCUAUGUGAAGAGGACAUCUCUUCAUUCAAUGAUGAACAUCUCAAAUCUGGACAAAUUUUUGAUCAACAUGAGGUAACUUCCAAUGAUGGCACUGAAGAACAGAAGCAGGGCCGUACGGAAGAUGACAACACCACUAUAUGUGUUCAAGCUGACAAUCCAGUAGCUGAUGCUGGUUUUUCAAGCUUGUCAAAUGAGAGGAUUCAUUGCAAACCAACCAGCUUCACUAAGAAAAAAGAAGAGAUAUCAUGCAGGUACAGAGAUAGUCUACUUCGUCAAGGACUUUCUCUUGAUUCUGAAGACUUCAGGUCAAUCCAAAACUUUAUUGAAUCACAAAUGGAUGGGACCUCCAGUUCUCUCUCAAGUGGGUCACCUAGUCAAGGGGAUUUGUCGAUAAAAACAUCAAGUAAGUUCAAGACUGUUGAUCAACUUGAGCGCCUCAAGAAGAUGGAUGGUCUAAGAGAUCAGCUAAAUAGGCUUUCUAGCAACAAGGGCUUGGAGAAAAGGUAUCAGAAGAAAGACCUGGAAUACCAGCCACAACAACUGAAUACCUAUGAUGUUGAGCAACAGUUUCGAAGUGUUGAUACUGAUUCCAUCCCAAGUUCUUGUACUCUAGACUCCUAUUAUGGUCAUGGAAAGCCACCAAGGUACCCCCCGCCAAAUCCUUUCUCACCACCCCAUUCAUGUGCACACUGCCAUUUUGGACAUGUGCAAGCGCACAUCCCGCACAACUUUGAUGCUUGGGAGUUGAAUUCAUAUUACCAAUCCUCACAAGCUGGUAGCUCAAUCCCUGACCACGAUUCGCUCAAGUCAAGCUUCAAGGAACAGAAGCGUGUGGUGAGAAAGCAUAUUUUGCGGCCUCUGUCAGGUGCUUCACCAUAUACCGUCUGCAACAGCUGUUUCUUUUUGGUUCAAAUGCCAUCAGAUAUCUACAUGUCAAAAAGAAAGAUUGGGAAAAUGCAGUGUGGUAAGUGCUCCAAGGUUAUUGUAUUGUCUGUUCCUGCUGUCAAUCACGCCAAUGCAAAUGCCAGUAAGGAACUAACCCAAAAAUUAAGCAAGGCUGACAACAGAAAAGUUGCUAGAACGGAGAGUGCUUCUUAUCCUGUCAGUGUAAGUGAAGAAUAUGGAGCAUCUUUCACAAGAAGCUUGUCUAAUCGAGCUGGACCAUCCCUUGCUGCCACACAAAGUAGCAAGAAGGUUUCAGACUCGGCACUUCAUUUACUCAUGGGGUAUGAUUCAGCAAGCCAGUUGUUACGUCACAGCAGGGCGUUUGAGCGUCGCAGCAGGGUGUUCGAUGAUGGGUAUGAAAGCUUUGAGUCAAUGGUGCCGGUGUCCAGCCGAGUGUCCAGAAGAAAGAACAUGUGAUAUUUUGCACUGGUAUGUCAAGCCUCUGGCUUCUUACAGGUCACAGUUUUGACGAUAAACGGGCAGCUUUCCUGCAAAUAGUUUUGAUGGAUUUUCCUAGGCAGCUCUAGCCUAUAUGGAAUCAUUUGGUUUGUCGAAAUUCUUUUUUAUGGUAUAUAUAUUGUUUACUCUUGGUGUAAGUUGUUUAUUCUUGGUGAGUUGUCCAUAUUUGGGGGUAUAAUAAGAGUUUUUUUUAUGUUA